AUCCUCGUCUGAGAGUUGUCCUCCGCUUCCACCCACAAAAAAAAGAAAAAAAAAAAUGGCGGCGUCCGCAGUAGCCCCAAAGACGCUCCUCUCCGGCACCGUCCUCGACAUGGUGGCCUCAUCGGCGUCGUCCCUCACCCACCGCCGCGCUCUCGCCUGCUCGGCGUCGCGGCUCGUGCCGCGCCCGCCCGACCUCGCGCGGUGGGUCCGGACGGAGGGCGGGUUCGUCCACCCCAAGCUCCGGAUCGCCGACUCGUCCUACGGCCUCGGCGUCGUCUCCGCCGACGAUAUCCCCCCCGGCUCCGACCUCAUCGUCCUCCCCACCCACCUCCCGCUCCAGUUCCACCGCCCCCCCGAUCCCCGCCGCGACGGAGCCCAUUCCCUUCUCGCUCACUUGGCUUCCAAAGUCCCCGAGGAACUCUGGGCUAUGAGAUUGGGCUUGCGGCUUCUUCAAGAGAGGGCGACAGUCGGGUCCCUCUGGUGGCCUUAUAUCAGCAACUUACCAGAAGCUUUCACCGUGCCGAUUUUCUUUCCGGGAGGCGACGUAAAAAGUUUGCAGUACGCUCCCCUUCUUCACCAGGUAAACAAAAGAUGCCGCUUUCUUCUUGAGUUUGAGAAGGAAGUCAAGAAUAUACUCGACGAUGUGGCCUCCAAGGAUCAUCCUUUUGGAGGUCAAGAUGUCAAUGCUUCUUCUCUCGGCUGGGCCAUGUCGGCAGUUUCCUCGCGAGCGUUCCGUUUGCAUGGUGAAAUCCUUUCUGAUGGAAAGCACUCUGAGGUCCCUAUGUUGCUUCCGCUAAUAGAUAUGUGUAAUCAUUCCUUUAACCCAAAUGCUCGAAUUGUUCAACAGCAAGAUACAAGCAGCCGGAAUAUGUCAGUCAAGGUUGUGGCAGAGACACAUAUCAACGGAGACACCCCGGUGACACUAAACUAUGGUUGUUUAAGCAAUGACUUGUUCCUUCUUGAUUAUGGGUUUGUUAUUCCGUCGAACCCAUAUGAUCAAGUUGAACUGAAGUAUGAUGAAACUCUCCUUGAUGCUGCUAGUACAGCAGCUGGAGUUUCUUCUCCCAGCUUUUCAUCUCCAGCUAAGUGGCAGCAAGAGAUCCUUUCGCAGCUAAAUCUACAGGGAGAUGGAGCUCUUCCCAAGGUCACCUUAGGAGGUCCUGAAUUGGUGGAUGGCCGCUUGCUAGCUGCUUUGCGUGCGCUUCUUACAACUGAAUCUGAAAAAGUAAAGAUUCUCGAUCUAAGCGCCCUAAAGUCACUAGGAGGGGAAGCCCCUCUGGGUUCGUCAGUUGAAGCUGCAGCUCUCCGAACUAUUAUUGCACUUUGUGUCAUUGCUCUUGAACACUUCUCCACAAAGAUAAUGGAGGAUGAGUCCGUAUUAAAAGUCGGUGCAUCUUACUCAACUGAGUUGGCCGUCCAAUUCAGAAUGCAGAAGAAACUGAUGAUCAUAGAUGUGAUGCGGAAGCUCACUCAGAGGGUUAAAAUGCUAUCAAAGGAAAAAUCUGCCGCCUAAAUUGGUUGUUUGUUAAUGAGGUUUAUUUGAUGAAUUUUUGGCUGGUCUUUAAUUUUUUAGCAGUUGAUCUUAUUGUAUUGACUACAUGCUACAAUGAAAGGGAAAAAUUUGAUUCGUUCUCCUCUUU